AUGGCAGCAUCACCCCUGAAAGUGUGCAUCGUGGGCUCAGGGAACUGGGGCUCAGCUGUUGCAAAAAUAAUUGGUAAUAAUGUCAAGAAACUUGAGAAGUUUGCCUCCAUGGUCAAGAUGUGGGUCUUUGAAGAAACAGUUAAUGGGAGAAAACUGACAGACAUCAUAAAUAAUGACCAUGAAAAUGUAAAAUACCUCCCUGGACACAAGCUGCCAGAAAAUGUGGUUGCUAUCCCGAACCUCAGUGAGACUGUGUGGGAUGCAGACCUGCUGGUGUUUGUCUUCCCCCACCAGUUCAUUCACAGGAUCUGUGACGAGAUCUCUGGGAAAGUGCCCAAGGGCGCGCUGGGCAUCAGCCUCAUCAAGGGCAUAGAGGAGGGUCCCGAGGGGUUGAAGCUCAUUUCCGACAUCAUCCGAGAGAAGAUGGGCAUUGACAUCAGUGUGCUCAUGGGAGCCAACACUGCCAAUGAGGUGGCUGCUGGGAAGUUCUGUGAGACCACCAUCGGCAGCAAGGUAACAGAGAAUGGCCUUCUCUUCAAAGAACUUCUGCAGACUCCAAAUUUUCGAAUUACGGUGGUUGAUGAUGCAGACACUGUUGAACUUUGUGGUGCCCUGAAGAACAUUGUGGCUGUGGGAGCUGGGUUCUGCGACGGCCUCCGCUGGGGCGACAACACCAAAGCUGCCGUCAUCCGCCUGGGGCUCAUGGAAAUGAUCGCCUUCACCAGGAUCUUCUGCAAGGGCCAGGUGUCCAUGGCCACCUUUCUGGAGAGCUGCGGCAUAGCCGACCUGAUCACCACCUGCUAUGGGGGUCGGAACCGCAAGGUAGCAGAGGCCUUUGCCAGGGCCGGAAGGACCAUUGAAGAAUUGGAGAGGGAGAUGCUGAAUGGGCAGAAGCUGCAAGGACCUCAGACUUCCGCUGAGGUGUACCGCAUCCUCAAACAGAAGGGGCUGCUGGACAAGUUUCCACUGUGCACUGCAGUGUACCAGAUCUGCUACGAAGGUAGGCCCGUUCAGGAGAUGUUGUCUUGUCUCCAGAGCCAUCCGGAGCAUAUAUAA